GAGAAGUUCGCCGACAAGAAGGAACAGUUCAAGACCAAGUCGAAGCCCCCUGGCGGAUUCGACCCGACUCCACUCCCUGAUGCUCCGCCAGGCUACACAGUCAAGUUCACCUUUCACCAAGCCUUCAAUCUGCCCAUCGGUGACCUCCACCUCAAAUCUUGCGAUCCAUUUCUGCACGCAACCCUGAUAUCUUCCCUUCCAAAGCGACACAAGGAAGACCCGCUGCUAACCCACCGCACCCGGACCUUGAGGAGGACGACUGAGCCCGCAUGGGAGGACGAGUGGGUUGUUGCCAAUGUGCCGGCAUCGGGGUUCGUGCUCAAAUGUCGACUGUAUGAUGAGGAUUGGCCGGACCAUGACGACCGGCUCGGGAAUGUCACCAUCCGAGUGCCGCAUGUGGACGAGAACUGGGAGGGGUUUGGGCCGGAUGGAAAGGUGUUCGACGUCAAGAAGCGAGCCGGCAGCAAGAGAGCCUACUUCAUCCGGGGUGUGACAUCUGUGCUGUGCAACAGCGGUCCAAUGACCCCUAGGCUGCGCAUCGGCAUUGAGGUGCUCGGCAAGUCGGACCCUCCACAUGCCCAGAUGUACACGGUCGGGCCGACGACAUGGGUGAAGCACUACAGUCCCAUGAUUGGAAGGUUGACGGGCGUCAAGGUGAACAGAGAGGAGCACGACGACGCAGCGCCCUCCGACCAAGGCGACAAGCAGACGAAGAAGUACGAUUUCCAAGCAAAUGAGAUUCAGCUCUCCGGCCCAGUGCCCCCAAAACUCUACCACCGCUACGUCGAGUUCCGGCCCAUGAUUGGCCGUAUGUUCUCGUCGCAGGGGGUCAGGGGCCGUAUCCUGAACAAGGUCCUGCACAAGCAACACAACCGCAUCUACAACUAUGACUCAAGCACCGAAUAUGGCUCUUUUCCUCCGUGCAGCCAAGAAGCCUCGUUGCAGUUCCUGAAAAUGGCCCACUUUGACGAAGGCGGCCGCAUCUUUACCUACGUCAUCACCCUUGACGGCAUGAUGCGCUUCACCGAGACGGGCAAGGAAUUCGGCGUCGACCUGCUGAGCAAACACACAAUGCACUCCGACGUGGCCACCUAUGUCGCCUGCGCCGGCGAGUUUCUGAUCCGCCGCCGCCUCGCCCAUCCCGUCCACAAUGACCGUAGCCACAGCCACAACACCCAUCAUGAAGCUGAUCACGGCGGGGAAGACAGUGAAGGAUCUUCCGGCCCACUCAACCAGCGUACUCACCCGCCCGAACCCGAGCUGCCCGACGGGCCGCCUUCCUCCCCGCCCCCGCGCGACCCAAGCCUGUACCAAUUGGUCAUCGACAACGACUCGGGGACGUACCGGCCCGACGAAUCGACCCUGCUGGACCUGCAGCAGUUCCUGCAGCGCAAUUUCCCCGGGCUGCACGUGCUGGCGCUGGACUGCGCAGACGAGCGGCUCGCCGAGAUGAAGCGCGCCCAGCGCGAGGCCAAGAAGCGGGAGAGCGGUGGUCAGCUGGUGAGGAUGGUGCUCAACAGGAGUCCGAGCGGGAGCAGUUUCAGCUCGAGCGAUGAGAGCCGGUUGGGGGAUCUCGAGGGGGGAGCUGCACGGGAGGAGGAGGAGGAAAGGGAGGGAAUGAGGAGUAAGAAGGAGAGGGCUUUUGAUGUGCUUCAGGAUCCGGGGCGGUGGAGGGAUGUGCUG